AUCAUUAGCCUUUAUUAUUUAUUUUAUUUAUUGCAACUACUAAUAUGUCUGCACCUCAAUCUCUACUCGAUUCUCUUUUCCAGACUCUUCCGUUCGGUGCGAGUGCUGCGAACCCUAGGGUUUUGCCUUUCCCCCUCUUUCUAUUUCUAAGGUUCUUGCUUUGAAGGGUUUAGCGGUUAUUUUUUUCCCUUCCUGUAGCGGCUUCAGUGCUAUCGCACUCUCUUCUAUUCGUUCCUUCCUUCGAGUUCUUUCUUUCUCGAUCUGUGCUGGUAGAAGAUGGAUUCUGGACAUGUUCGUAAGAGGGGGAGACCAGGCGCUGCUCUGAAUGGCAAUGGAGGACCUAAAAGAUUCAAGCAAGAAAUGGAGUCUUUUCCAACUGGUAUAGGAAGCAAAUCGAAGCCAUGCACCAAGUUUUUCAGUACUGCUGGAUGCCCCUUUGGUGAAGGCUGCCACUUCUUGCACUAUGUUCCCGGUGGCAUUAAUGCUGUUGCACAGAUGACUAAUUUGGGUGGCAACCCAGCUCUACCUCCUACCUCAAGAAACCCAGUGGGCCCACCACCCAUCUCUGAUGGUAAUUCACCAGUUGUGAAGACUCGUAUGUGCAACAAAUUUAACACUGCAGAAGGUUGCAGGUUUGGGGAUAAGUGCCAUUUUGCCCAUGGUGAGAGGGAGCUUGGAAAGCCAUACGCACCAUCACAUGAUGACCCCCGAAUGAUGGGGCCAAUGACAGGCAGGCUGGGCGGACGAAUGGAGCCACCCCCACCUGGUCUUUCUGCUGCAGCAAGUUUUGGUGCAUCUGCCACGGCCAAGAUCAGCGUUGAUGCAUCCCUUGCAGGGGCAAUCAUUGGAAAAGCUGGUGUCAAUUCAAAGCAGAUCUGUCGCUUCACUGGUGCCAAGCUUGCUAUCAGAGAGCAUGAGUCAGAUCCCAACUUGAGAAACAUCGAGCUAGAGGGAACCUUUGAUCAGAUCAAGCAAGCCAGUACUAUGGUAAGGGAGUUGAUUGUGAACAUUGGUCAAACAGCAGGUGCCAUGAAGAUCAGUGGAGGUGGUGCGGCACCUCCUCAGGCAGCAAGCAAUUACAAGACGAAGAUGUGUGAGAACUUUACGAAGGGAUCAUGCACUUUUGGUGACCGUUGCCAUUUUGCUCAUGGAGCCAACGAACUACGUAAGCCAGCAGUGUGAGUUCUUUCCUUGUUGCCCACUCCGCUGCAUUUCCCUACGGAGACGAUUUCUUAAAAUCCAUAUUGUAGUUGUGGUAUGAGUAUUGGUGAUGAUGAGCAGCUUUUUCGGAGGGAAGAAAAUUUGACAACAAUUAACAGUAGUAAGGAUUUCUAGGUUCUUCCCUUCCCUCCCAAGUGAUCUAGCUUUAUAUUUAUUGUGUUGACUGACCCCAUUUAUCGCAUGGUCAUAAUUUUGUGGUAUACCCAUGGUUUCAAAAAAUGGGUUUGGAAUCAGCAGGAUUGAUCCAAGAGGAUUGGGUACUGUAGGUUGGUUUCCUAUUUCCUUUGAUUUUGUACAACAAAACUGGAUUUGAUCGAAGUGGGAAGAUUCCAUUUUCUGGUCGUUUCUUUUGAUUGCAAAAACGAAGUAAUGAGAACUCUUCGCUCUUGGAACAA